CUCCUCGAGCGGCCGCCGCCCGCCUCCGCCUGCGGCUCCAGCUCCCUGGUCGCGGCCGGCCCGGCUGCCACUUCCGGCCGCUCUCCUGGGACGCGCUCCCCUGGGACGCCUCCCCUGCCUCCGGGCGCCCGGGCCCCAGAAUGAAGGACCGGCUGGAGCAGCUGAAGGCGAAGCAGCUGACACAGGAUGACGAUGCUGAUGAGGUCGAGAUUGCUAUUGACAACACGGCUUUCAUGGAUGAGUUCUUUUCAGAGAUAGAGGAGACUCGGCUCAACAUCGACAAGAUCGCGGAGAGCGUGGACGAGGCCAAGAAGCUCUACAGCAUCAUUCUCUCUGCCCCCAUCCCAGAGCCAAAAACCAAGGAUGACCUAGAGCAGCUCACGACUGAGAUCAAGAAAAGGGCCAACAACGUCCGGAACAAGCUGAAGAGCAUGGAAAAACAUAUUGAAGAAGAUGAGGUCCGGUCAUCAGCAGACCUCCGGAUACGGAAAUCCCAGCACUCUGUCCUCUCCCGGAAGUUUGUGGAGGUGAUGACCAAAUACAAUGAGGCUCAGGUAGACUUCCGUGAACGCAGCAAAGGGAGAAUCCAGCGGCAGCUUGAAAUUACCGGCAAAAAGACAACAGAUGAGGAGCUGGAGGAGAUGUUGGAAAGUGGAAACCCUGCCAUCUUCACUUCCGGGAUCAUCGACUCCCAGAUUUCCAAGCAAGCCCUUAGUGAGAUCGAGGGACGGCACAAGGACAUUGUGAGGCUGGAGAGCAGCAUCAAGGAGCUCCACGACAUGUUUAUGGACAUCGCCAUGCUGGUGGAGAAUCAGGGUGAGAUGUUAGAUAACAUAGAGUUGAAUGUUAUGCACACAGUGGACCAUGUGGAGAAGGCCCGGGAUGAGACUAAGAAAGCGCUGAAAUACCAGAGUCAGGCCCGCAAGAAGAAGAUCAUGAUCAUGAUCUGCUGUGUUAUCCUUGCGAUCAUCUUAGCUUCUACCAUUGGGGGCAUAUUUGCCUGA